CAGUAACACAAAUAUGGUUAUGAAUCACUUGGAAUCGGAUGUCUUAAGAUUUCAAACAUUUAUGAAAAGUGUUCAAGUGAUGCAUCCUUCUUGGCUUCCUUGUGAUGGAAACUAAUCGCCACUUGUUCUGAUCUUGAAGGGAUGCCUGUUUGUGAAAGUGUGUUUGUGUUGCCACAGCAACAUCUAUUAGUCAGGAUUCAGCAUCAAACUGGAGUCAUGUAAUACUGGCUCUUGUGUUGCGGGGGGGGGGAACAGACUGUUUUUGCUGGGAUGAGUCCAGCAUACCUUUCACUGCCUCAGUCACACCGUCAACCCCCUCUGAUACAGUUUCACCCUCCAACUGAUGGAAGUGGGGCAGCCAGCGUUCUCCUGAGAGGAACUAAAGUUAUAGUAUGUCAGUGGUGUCAAAUUGAACAGGAUAUUAGAUAUUAACAAACAAUGUAUGUCAAUAAAAGUUCAGAUAGUGUGUAACCAAAUUACUUACAUUUCAGAAUUCCAGCAAGGUGUUUUUACCUGCCUCCCAAACAUCCUUCACAUCCUUCCAUUACAUCUGAAAUAUGAAGAUAAUGAAGCACUUCUGAACACAAAGAGCAUGGAAUAAUGAGAUCCCUUUACAAAUCAAAUGAGUCUCCCAACAAAACUUUUCUAAAACUCAGUCAUAAAGUAGAAUCAUUUUGCCCAAGGAUCUGACGUCUCUUUGGAUUAAGACUGUCAGCCAGUGAUCUGAUUUCCCUCAGCUGUUUCCUUCCUGUGACAUUCGGUCUAUGUGAGAGACAUCCGAGGAGUUGGAGAAUAUUUUCGUUGACAUGCUGGGAUAAACCCUGGAUUCAUGUCAUUUAAGCAGACUGGUUGUUAUAUAUCUGUCAACACAUGCACACUUUCAUAGUCUGGAAGUAAACAUAGAAGACUUUCUUUAUAUCAGCAGUCGGAGUCGUUGUAAGUAAGUACAUUUACUUAAAUGCUGUAGAAGUGAAUUGUUGCCAUAGAUGAUUUCAGUAUUUCAAUUUUUGGCUACUAUAUACUUGUACCCUUUUUUCUACUACAUUUAUAUACUGUAGGCCAUUUUGUAUAACUUAGUUUUAGUAUUUUGAUUUCAUAUUGAUGCUAAAACCUGAUGUAAAAAUCAGCACUUAACCUGUGACAGGGUAUGUUUACACUGUAGUUUUGCUACUUCUACUUAAUUAUCUAAGUAUAUCUUUCACCACUGGGUUAAUGAUAUAACAUAAAUAAUUUCCAUAAAUGAAAUCAUUGGCGUUUCAUUAGGUUGAGUCAUGUUACAGAAAGAGCUAGUGCUCAUUUUCAAAUGAAAACCAACCUUCAGGAUGCCUGGAGUAAGGACAUUCACUACAAAGUGAUGCAGAGGAGUAAAAAUAGAAACAAGGCUGAAUAUUUAAGACAUCGCCAAACACACUCACACCUCAGACUGCUUGGUACAGACGUUGACGACAACACAUGAUUUGAUCACUUUUUGUGUUUGUCUCCUUUGAGUUCUAUGUGUGUCAAGUCAGACAGGAGUGAAAAAGGACACGAAAAAGGCUUUUUACACAGAAGUUAAAUUCUCACUUUCAAAACAAUCCCACAAUGCACUGUGUGAGCAGAGGUGGCUGCUAUCUGGUGAACUCCUACUGUGAUCUUCAGGAGGAGAACCAGUGGAAGAUGGAGAGCUACAAAGCCUGCUGGGUGAGCCUCGUCCUGGAAACCAGACCACAAUACAAGCUGACUCUCUCAGAGACAGACAGCGUCCGUAGAGAGAGUUACAAGCAGCAGCAGGUGAUCCACUUCCUGGUGGAGAGGAGCCCCAGCCAGACCCUGAGGCUGGGCAGCAGCAGAAACAUGGCAGAGCACCAGCUCCCCUUAUCCAACACCAGCAGCUCAUUUCAUACCACAACUAAACAAAAGCCAGUCAUACAAGAGAAGGGAAAUAAAGAAGAGGACAAACAGGAAGUGACUGCCAUUACUCAGGACGUCAGCAAGCCACUCAGAGAGAACUUCAGAGCCUCCAGCCUGAUGUCCUCGCAAAGGGAAACCUCCAGCCGGGUGCAGAGGAGGGAGUGAAGAGAGGAGUCAUUUAAAAUUCAGAAAAUAUAACGUAGCCUUUGUUAUUGUCGUUUACAUACAGUACUGGUGUUGGUUAAACAAAAUGUGCUUCUAAAUGUAAUCAGCUUAACUGUGACUUUCAGUGACAAAUGAAAGUGUUGAUUAAUUGUUUUCUCAUUUUCUAUGUUAACUAUAAUUCAAACUCCAAAAAACAACACCUCUCAUAAUGUUCUUGUGAGUAGUGCUGUUGACUGAUUUAAAGAGAGAUUUACUGGAUUCUAUUCUCCUAAUUCGGUUGGCAAAUUAUUAUAUUUAAAACAUACAUUUUGGAUUGAUGAAUCCAGGAAUGAUGUGCUUUAUUUUGCCUAAAAUGAAUGUUUGUAUGCAUGUCUUGUAGAUAUGAACGAAUUCUGAAACAGGUUUUCAACAAUGAUUGUAAAUGUUUGUCAUCGUCAUUGGUUCCCAACAAACAAAGUAGCAAAGCUUCUUGAAA